UAGUUGUGUGCGUGCGUGCGUGUGCAAGGAAAAAUCAGAGACACUGACUGCCUGCUCCCGUCUCUCUCUCUCUCUCUCUCUCUAGCUCACUAACUCAGUCUCCCUCCCUCUGCAAACAUUGGAUUUAAACCUGCUCAGAAUUCAACGCAGACGAAAGCAGCGGCGGCAGCAGCAAGCAGCAAGCGAAUCAGCCGCUAGUCUACCGCAGCUCCAAGAUGUACCAUCCUGCCUGCUGGAUCGUCUUCACGGCCACCACUGCCCUGCUCUUCAUCCCAGGAGUGCCCGUGCGCAGCGGAGAUGCCACCUUCCCCAAAGCUAUGGACAACGUGACUGUGCGGCAAGGGGAGAGUGCCACGCUCAGGUGUACUGUGGAUGACCGGGUCACGCGGGUAGCGUGGUUGAACCGCAGCACCAUCCUGUACGCUGGCAAUGACAAGUGGUCUAUAGACAACCGCGUGGUCAUCCUCUCCAACACCAAGACCCAGUACAGCAUCAAGAUACACAACGUGGAUGUCUACGAUGAGGGCCCUUACACCUGCUCCGUGCAGACAGACAAUCACCCCAAGACUUCGCGCGUCCAUCUCAUUGUGCAAGUCCCCCCUCAGAUCGUCAACAUCUCGUCGGACAUCACCGUGAACGAGGGCAGCAGCGUGACCCUCAUGUGCCUGGCCUUCGGGAGACCGGAGCCCACCGUCACGUGGCGGCACCUCUCCGGGAAAGGGCAGGGCUUUGUGAGCGAGGACGAGUACCUGGAGAUCACGGGCAUCACGCGGGAGCAGUCCGGGGAGUAUGAGUGCAGCGCCGUCAAUGAUGUGGCUGUCCCAGACGUGAGGAAAGUCAAAGUCACUGUCAACUACCCACCCUACAUCUCGAACGCCAAGAACACGGGCGCCUCGGUGGGCCAGAAGGGCAUCCUGCAGUGUGAGGCCUCGGCUGUCCCCGUGGCAGAGUUCCAGUGGUUCAAGGAGGACACCAGGUUAGCGAACGGACUGGAGGGUGUGCGGAUCGAGAGCAAAGGCCGCCUGUCGACACUGACCUUCUUCAAUGUCUCGGAGAAGGACUAUGGCAACUACACGUGUGUGGCUACGAACAAGCUGGGCAACACCAACGCCAGCAUCAUCCUGUACGGGCCCGGAGCGGUGCAUGACGGCGGCAACGCAGCAUCCCGGGCAGCCGCCGGCCUCUGCCUCUGGGCUGCCCUCCUUGCUCGCCUCCUCCUCGACUUUUGAUAAGGGAGCGGAGGGUCCCGGGAGGCCCCGCCGCGCCUCUCCCCCGCCACGGGCUUGGCCCGCCGCGCCGCCCGGGGACUCUUCUCCGUCGGACGGGCGAUGCGCCGGAGGACGGGCGGCGGCGCCGAGCGUCCGAGGAUGGCCCCUUCUCCCGCGUGCCGGGAUCAUUCUCGCCGCCGGUUACGCUGUACAGACCCCACCACGUGCCACCAGACUGUCACCUGCCACCGUCGCCCCGGGGACACGGUCCGGCACGGAUGAGGCUCCCCGCGGCCGCCUCGUCUCCAACGCAGUGGGCGCAGAGCUGUCAGGGCAGGCGCUGCCUGGAGCCGUCACCGGGCACGUCUGUCUUGUUGUCUCGCUAAGCCGCCUAUGCCCAAAAAGACCCCAAGGUUGAAGCCCCCUGGCUCUGCCUUCAGCCCUCUCAGUCCUGAAUGUCAGUUCUCACCGCCAAAGCUCCUCCCUAAGCGCUCCCAGCAUCGCUCGGCCCUUCCUGCUCCCCAGGACCGCGGUGCAGCCCCACCGCAACGCUCGCCGGCCCUUUCCAACAGGGUCACUUGACACGACUAGUUAUCCUUCAAGGUCAUGCACAUCCCCACUGCUAUUUCUCCUGGCUAACAUCGUACCCCACGUCCCCAGUGACACAAAGCUGCUCUCCCAGGAACGGGAGCCCUGGAGACUGCCGGUGGCCCCUGUGGGGACAAGACCCUUCCCACCAUUGCAGCUGUCGUCCCUCCUCGCUCUGGACUCCUGCCCCGUGACUCUCAGCCUGAUGCACCGCCGACACUCACUGGGGAGCUUCCUCCAGGCUGGUUUUCCAACCAGCACGUCAAAAGCACAGCACCACCAAUGCUGGGCAGAAGCACUAAACUACACAGCAAAACUCUAAGGCCCUUUUGCUACGGCUCCUUGCACACACCCAGAGGGGAUGGGACCUCCCCAGUCCAUCUCCCAGUGUGGCCUCCCAGUACCACUUGGCCAGACAUCCUUCCCAAGGGGUGGAGGAAGCACAGGAGCCAACCCUGAGCUUCUACAUCCGCACUUUGGCUUUUCUCAUGCCUGACACGUGCCCCUGCCCGAGGCAAGGCCAAUAUGUUCGACGCUGUGGACAAGGCUCUGUCAAUUCUCUGCGCUGGCACGGUAAGGAUGACUCCGAUGCCCCUGUUCUGCUGCUUGCCGAUCCUCCCUGCUGCAACAUUCCUUCAACACCAAAAUGGAUGUGUCCAGACUCUACUCUCUGCUUCCUCCAGGCACCCUGGGAGCUUCUGCCCCCUCCUGCGCAGUCCACGAUGGCAGCGGCUACAUUAUCUCCCUGCGUACCAAACUGCACGCCUGACAGUGAUCUGUGCCACGGUCACCCUCACCCAUAACGGCAGCCGUGAGCCUUCCCCACGCUCCUUGGAUGCUUGUGAAUGCUCUGGGGCCAUGGUCUGGGAAUGGCCCCUCCUGUCCUGCUCCUGAAAAAAAGUCACAUGUAGCGCCGGACCCUGUGCCAGGGAGAUGCAACUCUACAGCGCUGAGUGAGUGCACAAACCAUCCCCCUGUCCUGAUGCCUUGCCCCUUCCGUCUCCUUCCACAAGCGCAACGGCCCCACGCACAUUGUCUUUCCCACGCAAACCCUGCUGCUGCUGACACCUUCCCUCGCCGUCCCGCUUUCUGCAGCUGCGAGGAAGCUGGGGCCAAGUCCUCAGUGUGCAAUAUAGAAGAAAAAAACACAAACCCGGAGCCAGAGGCUGUGACAGGCCACCGCGCCAUCUCCGAUGCUGCCGUGCCCUCUCCUCAUCCCUGCUCUCCACAGGCUGCCCGUGACCCACGCCAACUGACACACAGCGUGAGGUUGUCACCAAAAAAAAAAAAAA